GUUCUGCGUAGCACUCAAGUAGCACUCAUCAUGCUCGCCGCCUUCCCUCGUCCCUUCUUCACACCAAGGGCCUUCUCAACCGCGCGCCGUUGGGCGUCCACUGGAGGUAGACCUCUUAUUGGGCGCUACACGGAUGUAGUCCCGACGGAGCUCGCGCGCGUUCAGUCCGGGCGAAAUAUUCGCUUGCGCGACUACGAGCAGCAGCGCGCGAACGGACGCCUUAGUUAUGACCUCAAGUUGAAAGACGGGAAGGUGCUCCCCGCCGAGGGGCCCAACUUCAUCGGGCCGAAUGGGUGCUCGCUGCGACCACCACUGAGCCCAAUGUUCCAGGAGGUGGUGCGGAACUUCCGGGGGAGGAAUGUGACGAUCUACGUUCUCAAAGAGGGCACACCGCUACCGCCAACCCUUCAGAUCCUGCACGAGCACUCUGACCACUACUCGAUGCAGUGCACUAAACCCAUGACGCUAGAAGAACUCGACGCGGAACUAACAAAGUUCUUCGAAACGCAUGCGCGGGUCCUCGAUAAGUUCGAGUUCGACGACGAGUACCCCUUCUCAAUAGAGUAGUGAUCCCCUCUCUAUCUGAGGGCGGUCCCUUCUCCGUCCGGGGGUGAUCCCUUCUCCAUCUGAGGGCGAUCCCUUCUCUGUACGGGGGUGAUCCCUUCUCUGUGCGACGGGUGGCCUCUUCGACAUAUCAGGGUGGUCCCUUCGCUCUCGAGGGAUUCGUUGGCGGAGUGAUCGCCCGGCUUGACCUUGCCAUCAAGCGCUCAAUACCUUGCCUUCUGUACAUCCGGGCGGCCUGUGCACCAGGAGGACCGCGUCUUCUGUACAUCAGAAUAAGGAUACAUGCCCCACCACUUAAUUUUCUGUCCCGCCUUAAGAUGUCGUCGAAGAUCACUGCCUCAAUAUGCCAAAUUCGCU